AUGCGGCGGAGAGGCGGAGAGGACCCGGGGUGCGUCGGUGGUGGGCCAGCAAAUUUAUGCAAACUCGUAACGGCGAUAGCAAUGACCGUCCUUGCCACAGGAGCUUCCUCUGUGGAGCUGGUUUGCUCGCAGAACGAUGACUUCUUCUACACGGUUCCUGGCACGCGCUGUAGCGCCUACUAUCGUUGUCACCAGUCUCAACCGGUUCGGUUCCGCUGCACCGAAGGCGCCAUGUUUGACUUCUACCAGCAGAAAUGUAUCCGCAGUGAAGGAACCUGCUACGAGGCAAUCUGCAGCGGAAAAACUAACGGAGUAUACUCCGAUACUACGCAGGCCUGCAACCGCUCGUACCGAUGUCACGGAGGUAAGAUAGUCUCCAUGGAAAACUGUCCACCGGGGACGUUGUUCGAUGGAAGGGAUUGCGUGGCGCAGGAUCGGGUCGUUUGUGAGAGUCCGGAAGCGACAAGCGCUAGCUUCCAGUAUGACGCAGAUCCACGCUGUUACGGGCUUUCGGAUGGGAAUCAUCUUCUACAGGAUGGCGACGCUAAGGACUGUAAGAAGUACCUCCGGUGUGAGGCCGAUCAGGUGCUGGAUGUGCUUGAGUGUCCUCCCGGGUAUCGGUUUGACAUGCGGACCUCCCAUUGCUCGAUGCACGACGGAGGACAUCACACAGCGUGCCAUCCAACGGAGCACGACGCCGACGAGUGGGAUCCGUCCAAAGGCGCCUGUUCGUUUCUGCCCGAUGGGCUUCACCUGGCGGCAACUUCCCGAGACUGCAGGACUCAUAUCGAGUGUCGAUCACGGCAACUGACCGCACGUCACGACUGCGCACCCAUGACGGUGUUCAACGGGCAGCAGUGCGUUCCUAGUUUCCUCUACCAUUGUCCACGGUUGGAUCCCCCGAGUGACAUCUGUCACCUGCGCUACGACGGAUUUCACGUCGACCCACGGAAGGGUUGUGCCUUCUACGUCCGCUGCGAAAACCAACGGACCGUCGAGGAACAUUCCUGUCCGUACGGGUUCCACUAUGACGCCACCGGAGAUGGUGCGUGUCGUGAGAAUCAUCUCGGAUCGGCCUCCUGCAACCGGGUUCCGUACUCGUCCGAUUGUGCCCAGCGUGCCUCCGGAUACUACCAGGACUUCGAUUCCAAUGGCUGCAACGGCUACUUCCAUUGCCACAACGGGGCCAAGACGAGCCUCCGCUGUCGGGCUGGUUAUGCGUUCGACGGUGAAAACUGUGUUCCGGAGGUCGGCUACCACUGCCCGGUGGAUGACGUCGACUCGUGCCGGGGGAAACCGAACGGGUACCACAAGGACGCCCGUGCCGGUUGCCGUGCGUACCAUCUCUGCACGGAGGGUAACAAAAUAUCGUACCUCUGCCCGCCGGGACAGAUCUUCACGGACGGUAGGUGUCACCCGAGGGUACCGAACUCGGACGACCAUUGUGCGGACGAUUCGGUCUGUGCGGGGCGGUCCGACGGGUACUACCAGGACCGGGAAUCCCAGUGUCGCCAGUACUAUUUCUGCCAACGGGGUGAAAAGCUGCAAACCCUUACCUGUCGGGGUAGUAAGAUCUUUGAUGGGCGUAGCUGUGUAUCGAGGGAUUCCUACAUCUGCCCGUCGGCGGGCGCGAUGGAUGACGUUGAUGCUGCGGCCAGCGAGAACUGCAUCGCUCGAACCUGCGAACCCAACUGCGCCAAGGGUGGAUUCCAUGCCGACUUCGACACGGGAUGUGAGCAAUAUUCGUUCUGCAUCGAUGGAAAGCAGAGCACGCUGUCCUGUUCGGAUAACUACGUGUUCAACGGAGAGCUAUGCGUUCCACGGGGGUCCUACUACUGUCCUCGGUACUGUUCCCCGCCAGAAUCAUGCUAA